CCAAUCAAUUCUUUCGGCUAGCAGCGUAAUAAGUUCCUCAACUUCGCCAAUGGCAAACGUUUAUACUACUCUUCAGAAACGAAUCAUAAAAAGUGACAAAUCCAAAGCAUAGAGCGUAGGGUCUAGGAUCAGAAAUAUAUAUUUCAAAGGGCGCAGUUUCUUACAUGUAUCUUAUGAAAUGAACCCUAUAAGGAGCUCACAGCUAUAGUGGAGUUGGCUAAAUACAAGCUAUAUAACUGCAAUCAUAUCGAUACAAUUAUAGCAUACUUGAGUUUUUUCACCUACACAUUCGCUCAAUCAAUCAAUCGAGUGGUUCAUAACACAACGCGCAACAUGGCAGUACAAGACGCCGCACAUGAGAUUGUGUUGUACGACUUGGCUAGUACGAAGAAUGUCUGCUUCUCGCCUGUUGUAUGGCGCAUCCGCAUGAUGCUCAAUUACAAGAAAAUUCCUUAUAAAACCGUCUUCCUCGAGAUGCCAGACAUCGAGCCCACGCUGAAAGAGUUAGGUUUGCCGCCUCACGAUCCUGGUACGGGGAAUACAAAGAACUAUACGGUUCCCGCCAUCUAUCAUGUACCGACAAACAAGUAUGUCAUGGACUCACCUGCUGUCGCCAAGUUCAUUGAGUCAACCUACCCUGACCCGCCGGUGCAACUCGACUCAGAGCUGGGCACCCAGAUUAUGCGCAAGUUACGCUCUGGAGUUGGUCCGACCUUCCAAAAGUCAUUGAUGCCGCGAGAGGCCCUUAUUUUUUCACCUCGCGCAGAAGAGUACUUUCGAAGCGCUCGUGAGGCUCGGGAUGGGCGUCCGCUGGAAGAGCUUCUCGAGGACGAAGAUGAGGCGUGGGAGGCUUUGGAAAGCGAUAAACCGGCCAUUGAUGCUUUGAUACACACGAAUAAGGCUGAUGGGCCGUUUAUACUUGGUGCUCGGCCGAGCUUGGUUGAUUUCUUCAUUGCGGGGGCUAUCCAGACCGCCAAAGUGAUUGACGAAGGUGUGUUUCAGAGGAUAUCGAAGGUCCCUGGGCAUUUGGAGAUUUAUGAGGCAUGCCAGCCAUUUAUGCAGAAGAAAGAUUGAAUGCGAAGUCUGUACAUGGUUGCAGAAGUUAUUCUUAUGGAGAAAAUGAUAAAAUAUGACCAAG